AUGGUGAGGGCUCCUUACUGUGAGAAAAUGGGGUUGACGAAGCGGCAAUGGACACUUGAAGAAGAUCAGAUUUUGAUCUCCUACAUUCAAAACUAUGGCACUGCCCGAUUGAUCCAUUUCUACUCCAGCAAUUGCAUCAAGAUUACCGGGGGACGACAGACAAUGAGAUCAAGAAUGUAUGGCACACUCGAUCACUUGAAGAAAAGACUCGUACAAAACGGGGAGUCCAAGCCGCAACAAUACAUCAGAAUACCAAACUCUCAUGCCAAUGACACCAAGCUAUCAGAAUCGGCAAAUUCGACUAUUCCUUCCCUUUCAGGAUCUGAAAGUAUAGGGUAUGCUCAAAUGUCCCCUCAACCCUCUUCCAUUGAUCACUCCUCAGUCAUGAGGAACACUUCAAUCACCACUGCAGAAACAAACAGCACCAGCACUAGCAUGAUCAAAGUUGAAAACAUGGACUCAUCCGAGAUUUAUCCAGUGAUUGAUGAAAAUUCUUGGUCAGAACCACAAGUGUUUGAGAAUUCCAGCAUGCCAUCAAAUUUUCUAGACGACUUACAAUUUCCAUUCCCUUCAGCAGACACAAUGGAACCAGCAGGGUGCUAUGGUUACGUUCCAGAUAUUGAUGACGACAUGAAAUUUUGGCACCACCUUUUCGCUAAAUCUCAGGGAAUAAAAUAA